ACAAGUACUGUAGUUUCAUAGUGGAUGUUUUUCAGCAAUGGGCUGUAAGGACUGCUGCAGUAAUUGCCUCCGAUGUCUUUUUGGUUAUGAAACACCUGUAAAGCUGGUUAUUAAUAACAAAAGUGUGGGAGCCCUCUUCAGACUGAUCCAGUUUUUGGUCAUCACCUAUGUUGCUGUAUAUGUCUGCUGGAUUCGGCGCGUUUACCAGGACACAGACUCUGUGGUCAGCUCGGUCAGCACAAAGGUGAAAGGAAACAUUUUGACCAAUUCAUCGGUUGCGGGAGUUCAUGUUUGGGACGUAUCCGAAUAUGUUAUCCCACCCCAGGGAGAAAACUCUUUCUUUGUGUUAACCAAUGUGAUUCUGACUCCAGGCCAGACACAGAGCAAGUGUCCUGAGAUUCCAGGUAAAUUGACUAGGUGUGACUCAGACAGCGAUUGCAAAGAGGGACUCAAUAAAGUCCGCAGCAAUGGUGUUCAGACUGGUCGAUGUGUGCAAUACUCUGAUACGAUCAAAACCUGUGAGGUACAAGCAUGGUGUCCACUUGAAAAUGACACCAUCGUUCCAAAACCUGCUAUUCUAGGUGCAGCAGAGGACUUCACAGUGCUCAUCAAAAACAACAUACAAUAUCCAAAGUUCAAUUUUAGAAAGCGAAAUAUUCUGCAGCACAUCAACUCCACAUACUUGAAAAACUGCACAUUUGAUCGUAAAACAGACCCACACUGUCCUGUUUUCCGUCUGGGGGAUAUGGUAACUGAGGCAGGAGAGAACUUCAGCGUCAUGGCUCUUAAAGGUGGUGUUAUAGGCAUUUUCAUUAACUGGAAUUGCGACUUGGACCUCCCAGAACGCUUCUGCGUUCCCAAGUAUACUUUUAGCAGACUGGACAACAAAAAUCCUGAAAAUAACGUUGCCCCUGGCUACAAUUUCCGAUUUGCAAAAUAUUACAAAAACAAUGAAAACAUUGAAACUCGGACACUGAUAAAGGCUUUUGGAAUCCGCUUUGAUGUCAUAGUGUUUGGGAAGGCUGGUAAAUUCAAUAUUGUGCCCACUAUUGUGAACAUUGGUGCCACUCUUACCUUACUGAAUUUGGCGAAUCCUAUUUGUGACUGGUUCAUGCUUACUUUUAUGAAGGACCGUGCCUACUAUGCCAAACAUAAAUUUAUGCACUUGAACCAAAAUGCUGACAGUGUGCCACUGAGCUCCAUGGACACAUCCCCAUAUGGGACUCAAUGAUGAAGUGAACUGGACACUUUCACUUGAAACCAGUAAAACUGAAUAUGUUCUUGUAAUUCAAUAUACACUACUGUUCAAAAGUUGGUAAGAUUGUUUACAUUUUUUUUUUUUAAAGAAG